AGCCGCCGCAGGGCAUGGGGCAGGGGCCUAAUCAUCGUCAUCCUGACUUGCACAUUCCAGCAAUCCCACUGGUGUUUCCACAGAUGAGUUAAUGAGGAUGGACAUGGGGCUUCAAGUAAAUUUUUUUUCGGUUUCUUUUUGGGUUAUUUUUUAUUUCAUUUCGAUAAAAAAAAAAUUUUUUUCUCUCUCUUUUUCUCUCUUUACUUCCUCCCAUCUGUCACCCUCUGAUUUCGCUCGAACUGGAUUCCACUGGACUAGGUGAUAUUCAGCAAAUGCUCUGUUUCUCGCCUAACACUGGAAUGGUUCCUACUACUACGGACACGCAACC